CGGGCUUUGCUUCCGGGGCGGCCGGGGCGGCCACGUCAUCGUCGGGCUCUGCUCGCCCGCCGGGCUGUGGAUGGUGGGAGUGAAGAUGGCGGCGGCCGCAGCAGCCAGUAUUCGAGAGAGACAAACAGUGGCUUUGAAGCGUAUGUUGAAUUUCAACGUGCCUCAUGUUAAAAACAGCACCGGAGAACCAGUAUGGAAGGUGCUCAUUUAUGAUAGAUUUGGCCAAGAUAUCAUCUCUCCUCUGCUGUCUGUGAAGGAGCUAAGAGACAUGGGAAUCACUCUGCAUUUGCUUCUGCACUCUGAUCGAGAUCCUAUUCCAGAUGUUCCUGCAGUGUACUUUGUAAUGCCAAGUGAAGAAAAUAUUGACAGGAUGUGCCAGGAUCUUCGAAAUCAACUCUAUGAAUCAUAUUAUUUAAAUUUUAUUUCUGCUAUUUCAAGAAGUAAACUGGAAGAUAUUGCAAAUGCAGCAUUAGCAGCUAGUGCAGUAGCACAAGUAGCCAAGGUUUUUGAUCAGUAUCUCAAUUUCAUUACUUUGGAAGAUGAUAUGUUUGUAUUAUGUAAUCAAAAUAAGGAGCUUGUUUCAUAUCGUGCCAUUAACAGGCCAGAUAUAACAGACACAGAAAUGGAAACUGUUAUGGACACAAUUGUUGACAGCCUCUUCUGCUUUUUUGUUACACUGGGUGCCGUUCCUAUAAUCAGAUGUUCAAGAGGAACAGCAGCAGAAAUGGUAGCAGUGAAACUAGAUAAGAAACUUCGGGAAAAUCUAAGAGAUGCAAGAAACAGUCUUUUUACAGGUGACACUCUUGGAGCGGGCCAAUUCAGCUUCCAAAGGCCUUUAUUAGUCCUUGUUGACAGAAACAUAGAUUUGGCAACUCCUUUACACCAUACUUGGACAUAUCAAGCCUUGGUGCAUGAUGUACUGGAUUUCCACUUAAACAGAGUUAAUUUGGAAGAAUCUUCAGGAGUGGAAAACUCUCCAGCUGGUGCUAGACCAAAGAGAAAAAACAAAAAGUCUUAUGAUUUAACUCCAGUUGAUAAAUUUUGGCAGAAACAUAAAGGAAGUCCAUUCCCAGAAGUUGCAGAAUCAGUUCAGCAAGAACUAGAAUCUUACAGAGCACAGGAAGAUGAGGUUAAACGACUUAAAAGCAUCAUGGGACUAGAAGGGGAAGAUGAAGGAGCCAUAAGUAUGCUUUCUGACAAUACUGCUAAGCUAACGUCAGCUGUUAGUUCUUUGCCAGAACUCCUUGAAAAAAAAAGACUUAUUGAUCUCCAUACAAAUGUUGCAACUGCUGUUUUAGAACAUAUAAAGGCAAGGAAACUAGAUGUAUAUUUUGAAUAUGAAGAAAAAAUAAUGAGCAAAACUACUCUGGAUAAAUCUCUUCUAGAUAUAAUAUCAGACCCUGAUGCAGGAACUCCAGAAGAUAAAAUGAGGCUGUUUCUUAUCUAUUAUAUAAGCGCACAGCAAGCACCUUCUGAGGCUGAUUUGGAGCAAUACAAAAAAGCUUUAACUGAUGCAGGAUGCAAUCUUAAUCCCUUACAAUAUAUCAAACAGUGGAAGGCUUUUGCUAAGAUGGCCUCAGCUCCUGCCAGCUAUGGCAAUACUACCACUAAAUCAAUGGGUCUUUUAUCACGAGUCAUGAAUACAGGAUCACAAUUUGUGAUGGAAGGAGUGAAGAACCUGGUAUUGAAACAGCAAAAUCUACCUGUUACUCGUAUUUUAGACAAUCUCAUGGAGAUGAAGUCAAAUCCUAGUAUGUGAAGAAGGAGCUCUUCCUGAAAAGCCUGAGAGAAGUACACAUUUAUGACUAAUUAUCUUAGAGAAUACUAUUUCAUAAUAGGGAGUAAAUUUCUAGAAGAUAUUAUCCCAAACAAUAAUAAAGAUUAACAAUAGAAAUAAAUGCAAAAUUUUAGACAGAUGCCAAAUCCCCAAGGGGUUAAGGAAGUUUAGAAUAUUUUGUUACUGUCCCUAAUCUUGAAGUUGAGAUGAUGAAUAAUGAUAAUUGCUAACACUUUUUACAUACUUCUUAUGUGCCAGGAAACAUUCAAAACAUUUUUCACAUAUUAUCUCAUGUAAUCCUCGUUAGACCCUUCUAAGAAAAAUACUAAUUUGAGGAAAUUGUGGCACAGUGAGGUUGCUCAACUUGCCCAAGGACACGCAGCUAAUAAAUGACAGAACUGGGCAAGCCACAGUUUUCACCACUGUGCUGUAUUGAUUAGGGCAAGACCCAUGCCCUUCAUGGAACACAGAAGGUUAGAGUUUAAGGAAACAUUAGAAGUAAUUUUAAUAAUGGAGGAGAGGAAACCAAGAGAUGUUAAGUGACUUUUCCCAAGUCACACUAUUUUUAGUAGCAGAAUUGGAACCAAAAUCUGCUACUCCUGUGUUCUUGCCUACUGCUCAAUCCAACAUAUACAUGCCUUCCACAGCAUCCUGUCAGUCACAGACACGCUAUAUACAGUUUAUGCACAGUGGUAUCUAAAAUUGCUUUGUAAUUCAAAAUUCUGAAGUAUAUAUAACUCCAAAGGUUUCAAAUAAGAGAGAUUGUGAACCUGUAUUAGUUAUUCUGUAUAUUCAAUAAAAUCAUGGACAUAUAAGGAUAAUAUAAUGAAAUUCUAAAAACAAAAAUAUAUAGGUACAUUACUUUAUAAAACAGAUUUAUUUUUGAGAAGCAGUAUAGUAAUUAAAGCUUGGGUAUUGAAACUAGACUACCUGGGUUUAAAUCCUGGAGUUCUCAUACUUACUUGUCAUGUGACUUUAGGAAAGUUAGAUAACCUCUCUGUACCCCAACUUGCCCAUCUGAAAAAUAGGGAUAACAAUAACAGCCACCUCAUAAAUGUUAUAGGGAUUAAAUGAGUAAUUUCAUCUAAAGCACUUAGAAUAAUGUUUAAUAUGUAGUAAGUGCUCAGUAAACGGUGGUGGUGGUUACACCUUCUACCAAAUUAAUAGAGUCAUUGAAAUAAAAUACUCUAAGCCAAACUGUGACUUUCUAAAGAGAAAUUCCAUAGUCAUGGCAA